CGCAGAUGGAAUGUCGAUCUACAAGAAGGGGGACAAUUUGAGGAUGUUUCUGAGGGAGUUCGAGGACCAUGCAUUCAGGAGGGAGUGGGAUACCCCAACCAUAUUGUCCAAAGUAAAUGGAGUGGGGGAGUGUCAAUUGAAGAUUGGAGAGAUUACCACCGACUGUCUGGGGUGGAUGACAUUCAAGACUGAAAUGUGGGAUGAAUAUGGGGAUUUGAGGAGAGACGAGAUCGAGAAUGAUAUCAUCUUCGAUGAGACCAAUGUGGGAGAUUUUGAGGACAACAUUGCUCUGUGUGUUGAGAAGAAAGGAUGGAAGGAGGAGGAGAAGUUGAAACAGGUAAUGGCGAGGGUGGACCCCAGGGAAUAUGAGAGCAUGAGUAAGAUCAAUGAGGAGUCAGAUACCUGGGGAGGGUUUCUUGUCAAAUUCAGAAGAACCUACACUCUGGUCAUACAAAGACAGAAGAAGAGACAAUUACUUCAGGAGCAGGGAUUGUGGAUCGGAAGGAGAGCAGACAAGCUGGAAAAGAAAGUUCGACAAGAAAUUGACCAAGAUGAUGUGCCCCCCAAGCAGAUGCUUGUCAGGAAAAGGACAACAAUUCAGAAGCGAGGUGGAUCAGCAAGCAGGACCGCAAGAAUGCAAGAGAAGAGAAGAGGCAAGGAGAAGAAGCAAAGCAAGGAAGAAGUAAAGGGAGAGAGGGAACAAGACAUGUUGAGAGAAGAAGGGAAGAAGGAAGUGGAGGAGGUAGCAAGAGAAAAAGAGAGCACGGAAGAGAAGAAGGAGAGGGAAGAAAAAGGAGAAAAAGAAUCGGAUAUGAUGAGUGAGAAAGAAGGAUGAAGGAAGUGGAGAAAAUAGCAAAGGGGAAAGAGGGCGCGAAGGAGAAUGAAGGAGAGGAGGAAGA